AUGAGUGUUAUCAAUGAUGCCUAUGCUGGGCCUUCUUGGGAAAGGCUAACGACACAACAGAAUCUGCUUGGGGUGGCAGGAUACCUUGUUGUGGUGGUCAUGGGCUUUUCUUUUGUGACGAAUCGUUUAGCUGAUGAAUCUAAUCCGAAAUUGCCAGUGCGAGGGAAGCAUCUCGAUGAUUUGAACAAAUAUGACAAGCUAUACCAAAAGGUCAAUAAGGUGCUUUUGGUACCAUGGGUCUUGCUGGGGCUACGUUGCGCUUGGUAUGAUCCAAGUAUGUUAUGGGAGAUGAAGGACGCAUCACCGAUAAGUGUGCUGCUUCCCAUGCCUCUCUAUUUUAUCAUCUAUGACUUCUUUUAUACUACAAUACACAUGCUACUGCACUUGAAGGGGGUCUAUGCAUACGUUCACAAGCACCACCAUAGACAAAAGGCACCAAGCCGCGGCAGCGAAGAUGCUGUCAACGUGCAUCCCAUUGAAUUUUGUCUGGGUCGCCUCAGCAAUAUCAUUACACUCUACCUCGUUUGUCGGGUAGCAAAGUUCCACAUCAUUGGCUUCAACCUCGUUCAGCUCAUCUAUACCACAGGAUCUACCUUCAGCCAUUCCCGCCAUGACAUAACAAUUUCCCUUGGACCACUGAAGAUCUGGACCUCAAGGGACCACGAUGUCCAUCAUCGCAUCCCAAACAAGAAUUUUGGGCGAUUCAUUAAGCUUUGGGAUUGGAUCUAUUGCACAUACCGACCAUACAGUGACAGUGAGCCAAUCAAUCCCAAGGCGCAACUGAACCCAGCAACUGGCAAGUCAUAUGAAUAUGAGAAGUUGAACGCAAAGAAACAGACAUAA